GGUUAUUGUCACCUUUUGAAUCCUUUAUAAGUCAGAGUGACAGCCAGAGCCAACAAGACUACUUUGCCUGGUAUCUCCUCAGCUAUUUUUCCUUGGCCUAGCUGAGAAAACCAUAAAGGUUUAAAAUGAGCCUCACAGACAUUCUAAGCCCUUCUGAUAUUGCUGCUGCUCUGCGGGACUGCCAAGCUCCAGAUUCCUUUAGCCCCAAAAAAUUCUUUCAGAUCAGUGGGAUGUCUAAAAAGAGUAGUAGCCAGCUCAAGGAGAUCUUCCGGAUUCUCGACAACGAUCAAAGUGGCUUUAUUGAGGAAGAUGAGCUCAAGUAUUUCCUUCAGAGGUUUGAGUCUGGAGCAAGAGUGCUAACUGCCUCUGAAACCAAGACUUUCCUGGCAGCUGCAGACCAUGACGGGGAUGGCAAGAUUGGGGCUGAAGAAUUUCAGGAAAUGGUGCAGUCUUAAAGGUUCAGAAUGACCGAAUAGGACAGAAUUGGGAUGAAUCUGGAGAGAAACUGCAAACCCUGAAAAUCAGCAGUCCCUUCUGCAUUUCUCUUGCUAGUGGCUGUUAUUUACUCACUGCAUUAGAAACAUAAUGAAACACUGAUUUUUUAUUUUUUUUUUCAUCGUGUGGACCAACUCUGUUCUAAAUUCUGCUUUCCCAGAAAUUUCCCUUAAAAAUACCCAAUAAAAUUUAAUCACCUACUGUGCUCGUGUCUGUUUUUCUGACCACUAAACUGAAACGUUUCGAUUCUUACAUGAAAAGUGAUAAUCUCUCAAAGACCUUGAUCUCAUCAGAGCCUCAUAUAUGGCUGUGAUUGACGCCAGUGGGCGUUCUGUCAACAAUGAGCUCCCUGGAUUAAGCUGGAAUGCUUCAGCAUUGCUGCAG